AGCUUUGUUAUCCGUUCUGUGAGUUCGGUGAGAAAUAAACCGAACAGAGAGGAAUUAUAAAGAUAUGUCUGAAGAAAGAGAAGCAGUCUCGGCUUUUUGGAAAUUAAAACGUUAUGGACGUUUUAUACCAAAGUCCAAAAACUCUUCAUGGAAGGUUUUUGAGUCCAGUGAAAGUAAAGGAAGUUUGGAGCUAAGAAUCCUUGAAUCUGGUCAUCUAAUCAUCACGCAGGCUCAGGAACUACUGGAAGGAUUUUCUCUUCUUAAUGCUCAGAGCUUCCUGAAAAUCCAGCAGAAAUCAGACAGUUUGCUUGUGAACAUCAAACUGAAGGAAGAAAGCCGUAUGAUAAGGCUGCAAUUUGAAGGCAGCACCAGGUCUGAAGCAGUAGAUUUAUGCAGGGCUGCAGUACAGAGACUUCAGGAAUAUCUACCCACAGGAACCCAGGAAUCAACUGGUCCUUCUUUAGCAGACACCAGUGGAAUCUUUAACCAGCAAAAGGAGACUCCCACAGCAGCACAGCAGGCCAUCCAUGACGUCAUUCAGGAAUCUCUGUCCAUCAAGGAGCUUUCUCAGUAUUUCCUGGGUGAGCGUGGGCUGUCCCUACCCAUGGCGUAUCAUCACUUUACUCUGCCUGCUGGUGAUAUGGAGGGUCUACUGCGCCUUUGUCUGCUUGACUCUGGCUUCCCUGCGUUUGUUGAAGAGGUAGAGAACAAGCUAAAAAGGCUGAUCCAGGAGUAAGGAGGUUGUGGUGGGUACAAUUCACUGAGCGAAAGAUAGGAACACCCUGGACAGGUCGCCAGUCCAUUAGAGGACCAACACACAUUCACAUCUGACUGCAUGUCUGGACUGUGGGAGGAAACCCAUGCAGACACGGAGCGAACAUGUAAACUCCACACAAAAUAAAAAACCCAGACCGCUCUACCUAGAAAUUGAACCCAGUACCUUCUUGCAUUGAGACGACUGUGCUACCCAUUGAGCCACUGUGCCAUGUUAAAAGCUGAUCAUCCAAAAUGUUAAUACCAGUGUCCAUUCCGUAAGACAUAAAAAGAGACUAUUAUGUACCACCCCCCACUUUGUGGCUUUACAGCCCCCAAGUCACUCCUCUCUGAAAAGGCGUUUAACAUGAUUUUGAAAUGUGUUUG